GACCCCAAUUUACAUCAGAUUCUGAUGCCCCCCGAUUUGCAUUCGGAAGCUCGAUUUCACCACAGGAAUGACGAACCCUGCGGAGGAUCCUCCCUCGCCCUCACGUUGCAUCCCGCCGCUGCCGUCGCCUGCCACCGUCCAAGACAUGCCACUCGACCGGAUAGAUGACGCUGAUGAAGCGAAGACCCUCCUACACUGUGACGAAGCGGAAGAGAAGCCAUCCGCUCCUUUUGUUCCGCCUGCUUCCAGGGAAGUGUCAGAGGAAAUCAAUUUAGCUGACGUUGCUGUAGAGACCAAGAAGUUGGAAGGGGAGCCAGGCGGGGCUGUCAUGUCAAAUGAAAACGAGGAAGCGGAGAAAGUAGUAACGGGAAUUGAGACAGCAGACGCGUAUCCAGCUUGCAGCCUUGGUGAGACAGCUGAAGCAGCGGAGGCAUGGGCAUGGAAGCUGGAAGAGGCAGCCAAUGUACCUAACAUUGCCGAGGACAUUGCCAAGGCGGAAGAGGCAGCCAAUGUACCUAACAUUGCCGAGGACAUUUCAAAGGUGAAAGAGGAAACUGAUAUAGCUAACAUUGAUGAGGACAAUGAGAAGGUGGAAGAGGAAACUGAUGUUGAUGACGUUGCUGAUGAUAAUAAGAAGGUGGAGGAGGAAACUAGUGUAGCAAACAUUGCCGAGGACAUUACAAAGGUGAAAGAGGACACAGAUGUGGCUGACAUUGUUGGAGGGGAGGUAGAUGAGGCCGCCAAGUCAUAUGAGAAAGAGGAAGCAGAAAAGGUUGUAGCUAGGAUGGAGCCAGCAGACUCAUAUAUGGCUUGUUCCCUGGGCAAGACAACUGAAGCAAUAGAGAUCGGGGAGGUGGAUGAAGAGGCAGAUGAAGCUGGCAUGCCAGAUGAGAAUAAGGAAGCUGAAAAAGUAGCAGUGGGGAUGGAGAUGGCAGAUGCAUCGGUGGGCAUGGCUUCCACUCUUGGUGAGACAGCUGAAGCAGCUGGAGUUGGCAUGGAGGCUGAAGAUACGGAGGAGGCAGCAGAGGUGUUGAAUGUGAUUAGCAAAGUGGAAGGUACAAGUGACACAGAAGAGGAUGCAGAUGGAGCUGGCGGAAGGGAGGAGGCCCUAGAGGCAGAAGAGGUGGAGGUAGCUAAUGAAGCAGAUUUGAUGGAAGUGGAAGUAGAUGCUGCUGAAGUGGCAGAGUAUACAGGGGGUGCUGAGUUGACUGAGGAGAUGGAGGUGGCUGAGGGCCAAGGUAGAGGUGUCAGCAGCGGCAAGAGGAAGCGUGGGAAGAACUCAAAGUCUGCAGGGAGAGUUCCAGUUAGAAAAAAGGUGGAAGAGGAUGUUUGUUUCAUAUGCUUUGAUGGGGGCGAGCUUGUGCUUUGUGAUCGCAGGGGAUGCCCAAAGGCUUACCAUCCUACAUGUGUUAAUCGUGAUGAUGCAUUCUUUCGAGCAAAGGGUAAAUGGAAUUGUGGUUGGCAUCUUUGCAGCAACUGUGGGAAGAAUUCUUACUACAUGUGCUAUACCUGUACGUUCUCUUUGUGCAAGGGAUGCACAAAAGAUGCUGUCAUCUUGUGCGUUAGGGGAAAGAAUGGCUUUUGUGAGACAUGCAUGAGGACUGUAAUGCUGAUUGAACAGAAUGAGCUGGGGAACAAGGACAUGGGACAAGUGGAUUUUGAUGAUAAAAACAGCUGGGAGUAUCUCUUCAAGGACUACUACACAGAUCUAAAAGGGAAGCUAUCUCUAACAUAUGAUGAGCUUGCUCAAGCUAAAAACCCAUGGAAGGGAUCUGAUGCCCUUCUUACCAAGCAGGAAUCACCUGAUGAGUUCUAUGAUGCUAACAAUGACAGGGGAUCACAUUCAGAUAGCUCUUCUGAAAAUGUAGAAAGCAAUAGUGUUAAAAGAAGAAAGGCCAAUAAACGAUUGAAGCCCCGUUCCAAGGAGGUGAAUUCACACAGCACAAUGACACUGAUUGGUGACAAAGGGCCAUAUGUAGAUGAGAGGUCUGAGUGGGCAUCGAAAGAACUUUUGGAGUUUGUUAUGCACAUGCGAAAUGGUGAUAAAUCUAUUCUGUCCCAGUUUGAUGUGCAGGCUCUUCUGCUAGAGUAUAUUAAAAGAAACAAGCUCCGUGAUCCUCGCCGAAAAAGCCAAAUAAUUUGUGAUGCAAGGCUUCAAAAUUUGUUUGGUAAACCACGAGUGGGUCAUUUUGAAAUGUUAAAGCUUCUUGAAUCCCAUUUCCUACUAAAAGAAGAUUCCCAGACUGAAGAUCAACAGGGGAGUGUUGUUGAUACUGAAGUUAAUCAUUUGGAAGGUGAUGGCAAUAUUGAUUCCUUUCCGAAGAAUGGAAAAGACAAGAGACGUAAAACACGAAAAAAAAGUUAUGAAAAGGGACUUCAAUCCAAUACUGAGGAUUAUGCAGCUAUUGAUAAUCACAAUAUUAAUUUAAUUUAUCUUAGGCGCAAUUUGGUGGAAGAACUGCUUGAAGAUACAGAUAAGUUUCAUGAUAAAGUUGUUGGGUCUUUCGUGAGAAUAAGGAUCUCUGGUAGUGGUCAGAAGCAAGAUUUGUAUAGGCUGGUUCAGGUUGUAGGAACAUGCAAAGCAGCUGAGCCAUAUAAAGUUGGUAAAAGGAUGACAGAUACCUUGCUAGAAAUCUUAAAUUUAAACAAGACAGAGAUUGUAUCAAUUGAUAUUAUCUCAAAUCAAGAGUUCACAGAGGAUGAAUGCAAGCGUCUCCGCCAGAGUAUAAAGUGUGGGUUGAUAAAUCGGCUGACAGUGGGUGACAUUCAAGACAAGGCUAUGGCACUUCAAGCGGUCAGAGUAAAAGAUUGGUUAGAAACAGAGAUAGUAAGGCUAAGUCACCUUCGUGAUAGAGCCAGUGAGAAAGGACGGAGAAAGGAGCUCAGAGAAUGUGUAGAGAAAUUGCAGCUUUUAAAAACACCUGAGGAACGGCAGCGAAGAUUGGAGGAAAUUCCAGACAUACACGCAGACCCAAACAUGGAUCCAAGUUAUGAGUCUGAGGAAGAAGAAGAAGAAACUGAUCACAAACGACUAGAGAGUUUCAUGAGACCUAGAGGAACUGCAUUUGACCGAAGGGGAAGAGAAAUGGUUUCUCCUAGAACAGGUGGUUCUAAUUCAAAUGAUUCAUGGAGCGGAACAAGGAACUAUUCUAACACUAAUCGUGAGCUAAGCAGGAAUUUGUCUAAUAAGGGACUCUCAGUUAAAGUUGAUGAUGUGUCUAAUGCUUCUGAGAUAUUGAAUGAUGUUCAAAUCGUCCGGGGGAGAGAUAGGGAAACACAACUAUCUAACAGCUGGGAGGGGCCAAAACUAUAUUCAAGCUUGGAAAGUGGCAAAAGCACCCAGCCUGUGGUAGCUUCUGAGUCUCUUUCUACUAUGUCCAAUGCUUCUGCUGUAUCAUCUACUGUGCCUGCAGUGAAAAUUAAUGAAACAGAAAAGUUAUGGCAUUAUAAGGAUCCAUCUGGAAAAGUUCAGGGACCAUUUUCAAUGGCACAAUUACGUAAAUGGAAUAAUACUGGAUAUUUCCCUACUGAUUUGAGAAUUUGGAGAACCGCUGAGAAGCAAGAUGAGUCUAUACUCUUAACUGAUGCCUUAUCUGGAAGCUUUUCUAAGGAGCCAUCAGCAGUGGAUAAAACUUUCCUGAAGGCUCAGGUGGUGCAUAAUUUGAAUUAUGCAGCCUCACACUCUGGGAAGCUUCAUUUGCCUGCACAACAAGGUGUAGAUGCUCAGGUUGGAGGAAGAUCAACAUUUGAUCAGAGUGGUGGAUCCUAUAAUUCACAUAAUGCUAUGAGUUCUCUAGGCCAAACUACUGGAGGAAGUUGGAGGCUUGAAGAUAAUAAUUCUGUAGCAAAUAGGCCUUCUCCAAGGACAGUUGAGGUUCCCAAGAUCCCUACAAAUGUACGGGGGCCUGAUGUUGGUGCUAGAAUUGAGUCAAUGAAUCUUCCUUCACCUACUCCUCAGACUACCUCUUAUGGGACUAAAGGGCAGGCUUUUGAAAGUAAAUGGUCCCCAACUCUUGUCCACUCUGCUGGUUCUCUUACAGGGAGUCCUUUUCCUGGUGGCCAUGGAGGUUUGCAGCCCCCUGUUGCUGCUGAGAAAGCGGUGCAAGGUGUUGAAAGUGGUUCAAACUCACAACCUGCUAAGAUUCCACCUUCAAAUCCUGGCAUUCCUCUUGGUCAUCCUCAAGUGACAAUGGUGGCAGCUAUUACAGCAGAUGCCUCAAGAAAUAUAGGUACUGACAGUAAAACUGCAAGCAUGCAGAACCUGGCUAUGAGUGACCAUAAUUCCCAUGCUGAAGCCCAAGGUUGGGGGUCUGGUUUGGUUCAGAAACCUGAAAUGGCUGGCUCAAUUCAGAUGCGAGGGGGUGAACUGCAGGCCUGGGGAGGUGCCCAUUCAAGGGUAGAAUCAAAUAAUCCUGCUGCUAUGCCUGCCCAACAACCGCUGGCUCAUGGCCACUGGGCCGAUGCUUCGUCUAUCCAGAAUUCUACUUCAUAUAACACUGGAAAUCCAAUGGGGAAUUUCGCCAUGUCAGGCAUUCAAGACUUGAGACCACCGACUUCAAGUAAUCAACCUAAUAUUCCUGCUUCUCUGCCAACCAACAUGCCUUGGGGAAUGACUGUUGCAGAAAAUCAAAAUACUAGUUGGGGGGUAAUGCCUGGAAAUCCAAAUCUAAAUUGGGGCGGACCUGCUGCUGCCAACAUGAACAUGAAUUGGAUGCCUGGACAGGGUCCAGCGCCAGGAAAUGCAAAUCCAGGAUGGGCUGCUCCCAGUCAGGGGCCAUCUUCAGUAAUCCCUACUGGUUGGGUUGCACCUGGUCAAGGCCAUCCUAAUGCUAAUGGAGGCUGGGUUGUGCCUGGUCAAGGUCCGGCACCUGUGAGUGCUAAUCCGGGCUGGGUUGCACCAGCAGGGGGCCAAGGCAUGUGGGGAAAUGAACAAAAUCAUAAUGGAGACAGGUUCCCGAACCAUAGGGAUCGUGGUCCUCAUGGUGGUGAACCAGCUUAUGGAGGAGAUAAAACAUGGAAUAGGCAGUCUUCGUUUGGUGCUGCAGGCCGAGGAGGAGGUUCUUCAGGGCCUCCUUUUGGGGGGCAGAGAGGAGUGUGCAAGUACCACGAGAGUGGACACUGCAGGAAAGGAGCUUUUUGUGACUAUCUGCACACCUGAGUCGUAGAACUUGCAUUUUCUUACUGUACAGUAUGUUCUCAUUACAAGGCUCAACAUUGUACAAGGAUGCUUCGUACAUGUAGAACUUGUGCAUUGUAGCAUCUCCUGUAACUUUCUGUUUUAUCUAAUCUAAUAAUUGCCUUUCAUUUGA